AUAGUUGACUGUCGGACAUGAGCCUCCGAAAGGAAAUGAUGCCACGGAGGACCUGAAACAAAAUAUGCCUAAUCGAGAAAUACAACAGUGGGUGCUGGCGCCACUACAGUAUGUGGUCUUUUGAGACCGAGGAAUAGUUGAGAACGGGGUGCAUGCGCUUUACAAAGGCGCUCGAAGAAUUCGCGUUCCACUUCGAAAGGGACGGCCGAGCACGUGCUAUGGGGGCCUGAUUGGUAAUGCGACUGAUCACGACGCUCAGCUUUUGCUCUCUCGUCUUGCUUGCGAGGCAUGCGGAUUGACCCUCCUGCUCCGUCAAAAGAUUGUCCAUAUGUUCAUCUUCAUGCACGGAGGCCAGGCGGAAAGACUGACAGAUGGAAAUGAGGCUUGAUGGUGCGUUGUCGGAACGAUACCAGUUAUUUUUGGUAUCAGGGCAGUAGGCCGUCCGCGAUAUCUUGACUACAUCUCUCUUGUUCUCUCUCUCUGCAACCACGGGCUUUUCAUCUUUGAUCAAAAUCUCCAUCGAUGACGACCGUUGGAGCUCCAAGCAUUUGAAAGUUCGGGGCCGUUAUCUAAUGUGCCAUGGCUCCCCAUCUUCAAGAACUGCACUGACUAAUCCUGGGCGCUUAAGACUCUCCACUGCACGAAACACGACUAUCAGACCUGCAUCUUCGCGUGUUCUAUGUCAGCGGGUCUUUUCCACCAUUCGGCGUUGUCUUUCCCCGGGCGGACAUGCGCUCGCAGCAUGUUUAUCUACAUCUUCCUCCUUGAAACCGAACUAACUUUGUCGUCAUUGGUUCGGCUGUACCCGGAUUGUUCCACGCCCCUAUGGACAAACUUUUGGCGACGACGUUCAGUGCGCCUAUUGACCAGUUCGCCGCCACGGAUCUCACGCCAGAUAUGAUACAAGCUGGAGUCCGAAGAUCUUGAGCGUCUAUACGACUGCCUCAAAUAUCGCGCCGGGAGUGCUUUGCUGCAAACCACUGAACGCAUCUACUUACAUCCCUGCACUUUAUGGCGACUACUCUCAAGAUCAAACUUUCGAAACUCAUGGUCGAAGAUGUCCCGGUGAAUAUGGUCGAGCUCGAGUUGACAUCAACGUCAACGGUAUCGGGAAGAAGACUGCGGACACAAGUACCUCCGAGGGCAAGGCUUUCUGGGACGAAGAGUUUCAUAUGGACAUUCCUAUUGGAAGCCAUAUAACAUUCACCUUAUUUGUGCACCGUUUUGCACUCUCAUUUCGUGAGGCUCGUGCCUGGGGUCACCAUUCGGAGCCUCUUGUCAACGCUAUUAUGUCGGGUGCUUCCACUGAACGACGGAUGACAAAUUCCACGGCGUGCAUCAAUUUCACCGUCAACCGGCUUCCCCACACUGCUCCGUCUGCUGCUGAACGACAAACGCGUGCAGCAGCUCUCCGCCAGCAGAAGGGACCUGGUUUGCACUGCGUUGGCGCUGCGAUGCAGCUCUUCCACGACUCUGGUCUGGUAGAUGCGACCCUUCAAGUGGAUAGCAAGCCCUUUCGUCCCGACCGCCCUGCGUCUCGGCCGAAUGUUCCGAUCCGACAAGAAGGGUCGUUGUCCACUU